GCCUCGCCUCAGCGUCCCUCAACCGAGAAGCUCCCUCCCGGAGCAACAAGGGCGACCACGAACACAGGUAAAGCGAAGGGAGCCACAGAGUACACGUGGGGCUGGAGCCCUCACCGCUUUUUCCGUGCUGCUUCUAGCUGUCGCUUCCCCUUAAAAGGGAUAGUUUUCACCUCGGUAGAAGCCGUCCUGAGAAGCGAGCAGCGCGCGUGCGCGAGAGCGCCAAGAUGGCUGCUGGCGACGCCUGCGCAUGAGGGCCUAGGCGGUGGCAGCCAGCGCUUGCGCACCAAGGCGAGGCGGCGGCUUGCGCCUGCGCAACUCAGCGCUGCGGAAACCGUUGGCUUAUUUGCAUCUCCCCGCCUCGCGAGGCGGCCGGUAAGGAGCCUGAGGCUGCGGCGGGGGCGGCACCGCUCGGGGAGAGAGAAACAUGGCGGCAAGGCGGAUGGCACAGGAAUCUUUGGACACCGUAUUGCAGGAGAAAUCUAAACGGUAUGGGGAUUCUGAAGCUGUUGGCGAAGCUCUCCAGCUUAAAGCUCAAGAUCUCUUAAGGACGGGCUCAAGAGCCAGAGCAGAUGUCUAUGAGGACAUUCACAGUGAUAGCAGGUACUCCACCAGUGGAUCUGGAGUGUACUCACUAGACGUGGGAAGAGAGAGCCUGAGAGGUGACAUGUUUGCGGGACCUCCCUUCAGAUCCAGCAACCAGUCCGUUGGUGAGGACAGCUAUCUUCGAAAAGAAUGUGGCCGGGAUCUGGAAGCGGCCCACACUGACUCCCGGGACCAGAGUUUUGGCCACCGGAAACUGGGACAUUUUCCUUCUCAGGACUGGAAGCUUGCACUCCGUGGCUCUUGGGAGCAAGACUUGGGCCACCCAGUUUCUCAAGAAUCCUCCUGGUCACAGGACUAUGCUUUUGGGUCUUCAGUGUUGGGGGAGUUGGCCUCCUCCAGGCGGUUGGAGAAGGAGAGUCGGGAUUAUGACCUGGACCAUCAUGGUGAGGUGGACUCUGUGUCUAGAGGCAGUGGGCAAGUCCUGGCCAGAGGCCGGUCUCUAAACAUGGCUGACCAGGAAGGCACUCUUCUAGGAAAGGGGGACACUCAGGGCCUGCUUGCAGCAAAGGGUGUUGGGAAGCUUAUCACACUGAAAAACAUGACCACAAAGAAAAUACCUGUUGUCGGUCGUAUUACUUCCAAACCUCAGGGCACUAACCAAAUCCAGAAAGCCACCCCAAGUCCUGAUGUGACCCUCGGAACAAAUCCAGGGCUGGAUGAAAUCCAGUUUGCUGCUUUAAAGAUCCCCUUGGGCCUGGACCUGAGGACCCUCAGCUUCCCCAGGAGGAAGCUGGGCUUUGAUGCCAUGGACAAGGCAGAUGUGUUCUCAAGGUUUGGCAUAGAAAUCAUCAAGUGGGCGGGGUUCCACACCAUUAAAGAUGACCUCAAGUUCUCCCAGCUCUUCCAGACUCUCUUUGAACUGGAAACUGAGACCUGUGCCAAGAUGCUGGCCUCCUUCAAAUGCUCCUUGAAACCAGAGCACAGAGAUUUCUGCUUUUUUACUAUCAAGUUUUUAAAGCACUCUGCUCUGAAAACACCCCGAGUCGAUAAUGAGUUUUUAAACAUGCUUUUAGACAAAGGUGCUGUGAAGACCAAAAACUGCUUCUUUGAGAUCAUCAAGCCCUUCGACAAGUACAUCAUGCGACUCCAGGACAGGCUGCUGAAGGGUGUCACGCCCCUGCUCAUGGCCUGUAAUGCCUACGAGCUGAGCGUCAAGAUGAAGACCCUCACUAGCCCGUUGGACCUGGCCGUGGCCCUGGAGACCACCAACUCUCUAUGUAGGAAGUCUCUGGCACUCUUAGGCCAGACCUUUUCCUUGGCCUCCUCCUUCAGGCAGGAGAAGAUCCUAGAGGCUGUGGGCCUCCAAGACAUUGCUCCAUCUCCUGCUUCCUUCCCAAACUUUGAGGACUCCACUUUGUUUGGAAGGGAAUACAUAGACCACCUGAAGGCCUGGCUCAUGGCCAGCGGCUAUCCCCUUCAGGUCAAGAGGGCUGUGCCUGUAGAGCCCAGAGAACAGAAAACCACAUCUCAGCCCUGGGCUGCAAGCACUCUGAGCCAAGCAGUCCCUCAGCGGGCAGAUCACAGGGUGGUGGACACCAUUGACCAGCUUGUCAUGCGUGUCAUCCAAGGCAGGCUGUCUCCCAGAGAGAGAACACUACUUCUGCAGGACCCUGCUUACUGGUUUCUGUCUGAUGAGAGCAGCCUGGAGUAUAAAUACUACAAGCUGAAGUUGGCAGAGUCACAGCGGCUAAACCACAGCUGGCCCAUUGUGGAGCGGAGGCCCACGCCAGCACAGUGUGCAGUGCGCGCCAUGCUGUAUGCACAAGCUGUGCGCAGUCUUAAGCGCAGACUCCUCCCAUGGCAGCGCAGGCGGCUGCUGCGCUCCCAGGGUCCUCGAGGCCUGAAGGCCAAGAAAGCUGCCACUGCCCAGCACACAUCCCUGUCCUCAAGCACUCGGCAGAGACACCAUGGCCGACAGGCUGCAGGCUCCUUGCAGGUAAAGCCACCACCAAGAGACUCAAGUGAUGCUGCCCAGGACUGCCCACCAGAGCCUGCCAAACCCUGUCCUCAGUCCUCCAGCCCUGGAGCCUUGGGCCCAUCUCCUCGGCCAACUACUGGGGAUGACUCAGAAGCCCUGCCAGCCUCUUCCCCCUGCCCUUCUGCUGAUGUGGAUCUGAAGACCAUGGAGACCGCUGAGAAGCUGGCCAAAUUUGUGGCUCAGGUGGGCCCCGAAAUCGAGCAGUUCAGCAUAGAGAACAGCACCGACAACCCUGACCUGUGGUUCCUGCACGACCAGAGCAGCUCAGCUUUCAAGUUCUACCGAGAGAAGGUGCUGGAACUGUGCCCAUCCAUCUCCUUCCAGUCCACUGGUGAGGCGGGGGACUCAGUGCAGAGCUCCACAGCCCAAAAGGAGGGUGAGGGUGAGCCAGAGGAGGGGCAUCCCCAGCAGGAGCCUACACUGGAGGGCCCUGAGGUGCUGCCUGAGGAGGAGGACGAGGAGGAGGAGGAGGACGAGGAGGAUGAGGGCGGAGAGGAGACCUGCACUCUCAGGCCACAGGCAGGAGCUGCCAAGUGUCCAGGCUCCGAGGGCAGCUCCCCCACUGACAGCAUCGCUGGAGAGGGGUCCAGGGAGGACCAGGCUGGCACCCCUGGCCUGUCACAGACCUCCUCCAGCAGCUGCUUCCCCAGGAAGAGAAUCAGCAGCAAGUCACUGAAAGUUGGCAUGAUCCCUGCCCCCAAGAGGGUGUGUCUCAUCCAGGAGUCAAAGGUCCACGAACCAGUUCGAAUCGCCUACGACAGGCCUCGGGGUCGUCCCAUAGCCAAAAAGAAGAAACCCAAGGACCUGGAGUUUGCUCAGCAGAAACUGACAGACAAGAACCUAGGCUUCCAGAUGCUGCAGAAGAUGGGCUGGAAGGAAGGCCAUGGCCUGGGCUCCCUCGGGAAGGGCAUCCGCGAGCCUGUCAGCGUGGGGACACUCUCAGAAGGAGAGGGCCUGGGGGCUGAUGGGCCAGAGCAGAAAGAAGACACGUUUGACGUCUUCCGCCAGCGCAUGAUGCAGAUGUACAGACACAAGCGGGCCAGCAAAUAGAUCAGAGCCACUGGCGACAGAGAUAAGCCUCGAAGCAGCCUUGCCCUUCCCGUCACCCUGCCCCGGACGCCUGCAGCCUAAGCCUCGGUGUGUACUCGGCCAGCUCCACAUCCCGGGUCAGGUCCCAGCAGGCCUUGCCACUGCACACUGCAGGAGCCCCUUUCGGGCACCCGUGCCCUCCCACUUCUGACUCUGUCUGUCAUCUUGUUCCUAGUGCCCAGUGCCUGGCUCCCUGCACACUCUCCACACAGCCCUGCCUGCUUCUGUCUCUGGAGCUUAUCUGGGAACAUAGAGGCUCUGGUGGAGAGGGAGCGGUUUGGAUUCUUGCUUUUGAGCAAUGGCAUCUCAGCUCCUAUAGACGUCUGAGAGCUCUGCGGUCUGAGGCAGGGGGAUUAGGGGCAAGUUAAAGUCUAGCCUGGCUGUGUAGCAGGACUCUGUCUUGGAAGACUUCUCAGAAUCUUAGCCCUAGUUUAAUACAGCAGAGCUUACAUGCCUGUCUCUGUCCCUGGGGAGUGUAUCCUGAGGAAAACCCCAACCCGUGCACCCCUGGCCUCGGGGUGGCUCCCGCAGAGCAGUGCUGUGUCACUGCUAGGCUCUUCCCACAGACUGUCUUUCUGGGGCCUCUGGAAGGAUGGGCCACUGCUCAGGUGCCAUGGAUGGUUGUCUCGGAGCCCUCCUUAUGCCCAGCACUGCCUGUGCCUGCUGCCUCUGAUCUGUGCAGACACUCUUGCUGGGGUCCCAGCUUCCCCACCACAAGUGGGGAUUUGCAAUGCCUACAGAUGUCUGGAAAGUCUGGCGUCAGGGCUGGGAACAUGGUGGUCAGGUGUCAGCCACGAGCAUAGCUGGAGGAUCUUGUUAGUCCUCGGCUUCUCUUACCCCACUGUGCCCCUUCUUCAUAGCUGGUGCAGCCUCAGGCCCACCUGACUCUCUUCUGUUGUCUCGGCAACCCACAGGUCUUUGUAGUGAUGGGGAUGCUGCACUGCAGCGGGGUCACAGUCUGACCUUGAGCCAGUCUACAGGGUGGGGGCUGACAGGUCAGGGACCUCAGGCUGCAGCUUCGUCCUCUGGUCUUUUCUUUCACUUUUCUAGCAGCUUCCAUGUUGGCUGUGGGUUGGAGCGGGACCCUGGUCCAUGGUGGGCUCCGCAGGUAGAGCAUACAACAAACAACUUGACUCUCCAGCUUCUCUCCAGGCAUCUGCAUUUUGUGCUGUUCCAUUGGGUCUUCAGGAUGAUUAAGGAAUUGUGGGUAUAUGGCCCUGGUGCCAAGUUUCCCGUCACUCCUGAAAAUGAGACCUUCAGGGGCUUGCCUCCCAACCUGAGAAAUGAUAUUCUUGGGCUCUUCUGGGGACAGGGCAGGAGGAGGGGAGAGGGAGCACAUACAUCAUGCCAGUUCAUGCAAGCUGCCGUGACCCUUAUUCUCCAGCCAAGCUGCUCUGUGGGCAGGGCUGUGGAGGACACCUGUUGCACAUUUGUGUGGCCUUGUCCCUGUCAGUGUUUCUCCUGUCAUUCUAGUUCCAGGGUCACUUCCACAAGGGCCGUGGAUUCCAAAAGCUGCGCUGGCCUGGCCUGCUGUGGCUCUGAUGCACUCCUGCUCCUGGAAGUACUUGGCGAAGGUUGGUUCUGGUCCCUGGUAAAACGCAGAAGAACACUGGUGAUGUCAUACUUGGACGUUGUUGUGUUUGUGAGGAUCUGAGAUGUCAUGGUGUUGUCGUGUCGAGUGCUCGGAAUAAAUGAGGAGCAGACUCAC